UAAUUUUUAAUUAAUUUAAUAAACGCAUUAAAAAAAUUAUGCCAACUGGAUGAAAUAGUGUAUGAAUUUAUUCAAAAAAUAUCGAAAACAUUGUAAAGGUUGAGUGAAUGUUAGAUAUUGUUUGGUCAAAAAGUGAACGAUACAAUUAGACACUGUAAAAUAUUUUAAUUAAUUUGUAAUAUUUGUCCAAUUAGUGUUAUUUCUAUAAAAAAAGAAGAUAUUUCGACAAUUUCAAAAUGGUUUCAUUGCGAGAUCGGCAGAUAGCGGCUAUUAAGCAAAUGCUUAAUUUGAAUACAACACAAACGAAAACAUUGUCAUCUGAACCGGUUUGGAAGGUUUUGAUUUAUGAUCGUAUUGGUCAGGAUAUAAUUUCGCCACUGAUUUCAAUCCGUGAACUUCGAGAGCUGGGCGUCACUUUGCACAUCCAAUUGCACUCGGACCGUGACACGAUUCCCGAGGCACCGGCGGUCUACUUCUGUGCACCAACGGAUGAGAAUUUGGGUCGUAUUGCACAAGAUUUUCAAAAUGGUUUAUACGAUGUCUACCAUUUGAAUUUCAUCGCACCGAUUUCACGUCAAAAGCUGGAAGAUCUUGCAGCCGCCGCAUUGGCCGCUGGUUGUGUGGCAAAUAUUCACAAAGUAUACGAUCAAUAUGUGAAUUUUAUAACGCUAGAAGACGAUAUGUUUGUGUUGAAACAUCAAAACAGUGACUCGCUAUCGUAUUACUCAAUCAAUCGUGCAAACACCAGUGACACCGAAAUGGAAGAAAUGAUGGAGAGCAUUGUGGACAGUUUAUUUUCGAUAUUUGUAACAAUUGGAAAUGUACCAAUCAUUCGGGCAUUGAAAGGGACCUCGGCCGAAAUGGUUGCACGUAAAUUGGAGAAAAAACUUCGUGAAAAUUUAUGGGAUGCACGCAAUAAUCUAUUCCAUAUGGAUGCAACACAGGCCGGUUCAUUCAGUUUUCAACGGCCAUUGUUGAUCAUUUUGGAUCGAAAUAUUGACAUGGCAACGCCAUUGCAUCACACAUGGACCUAUCAAGCGCUUGCCCAUGAUGUUCUUGAUUUGUCUCUAAAUCGAGUUGUUAUUGAUGAUGAUGAUAAUAAAGAGCAUGGUGGUGCCAAGCAAAAGGCUAAAAAAUCAUACGAUUUGGAUUGCGCCGAUAAAUUUUGGAAGACUCAUAAGGGAAGCCCAUUUCCAACGGUGGCCGAAGCAAUUCAAGAAGAAUUGGAACAGUAUCGUAAUUCAGAGGAUGAAAUUAAGCAACUGAAGACAUCAAUGGGCAUCGAUGGUGAGAAUGAGAUUGCAUUCUCAAUGGUCAACGAUAACACCGAAAAAUUAACCAACGCUGUCAAUUCACUACCACAAUUGAUGGAGAAGAAGCGUUUGAUUGACAUGCACACUAAGGUUGCCACUUGCAUUUUGAAUUCCAUCAAGUCCAGGCGAUUGGAUUCAUUCUUUGAAAUCGAAGAGAAAAUCAUGUCGAAACUAACACUUGAUCGACCAUUGAUUGAUAUCUUGAAGGAUGCUGAAUUCGGGCAACCCGAAGAUAAAAUGAGACUAUUUGUCAUUUACUACAUCUGUACACCGAACGUGCCCGAAUCGGAAUUCUCCAAAUACGAAUCAAUUCUCAAGGAAAUUGGAUGCGAUCUAACGCCGUUGCCUUAUAUUCAACGCUGGAAGAGUAUUAUGAAUCGGUCGAACACACUCAAUCAACCUAAUCAGUACGAAGGUGGCGGCACAAAAACUGUGUCGAUGUUCUCGAAAUUGGUUUCACAAGGAUCAUCGUUUGUGAUGGAAGGAGUUAAAAAUUUAGUCGUCAAACGACAUAAUUUACCCGUAACGAAAAUAACGGAACAACUAAUGGAUUGUCGCGGUGGCAAUGAGAAUGACGAUUAUUUAUAUUUGGAUCCAAAACUUUUGAAACGCGGUGAUACAGUACCAAAAACACGGGCUCCAUUCCAAGAUGCAAUCGUUUUUAUCGUCGGUGGAGGCAAUUACAUUGAAUAUCAAAAUCUGGUCGAUUUUAUUAAGCAAAAACAAACAGCAAACACGAAUAAACGUAUUAUCUAUGGUGCAUCGACUUUAGCUAAUUCGAAACAAUUUUUACGUCAGUUAUCGUUGUUGGGCCAGGAAAUUAAAGACGUUUAAGUUAAAUUCCAGAUUUUUAUCCAAUUGUAUACCUUUUUCUUAUAUUUGAUGUUAAAAUAAUAAUACAUGUUUCAAACAAAGAA